UAUUGGAUGCGCCUGCGCACUAGUUACAACAACAAAAAACCUAGAGAAAACCUUGCAUUAUCAGAUACGUUAAUCUAAUCGUGCCAUAAACAACGCGAGAUUGGUUGCCUUGGGGAGCGGGAGCAGCUAGAAAAGUUAGUAGUAAAGCCGUAAGCGAACGAAACGGGCCGCAUUCGCUUUUUUUGUAUUUUCUUCUGUCAAUUGUAACCUCCCCAAAAAAAGUUUCAAGAAUGACUUCAACACUGCUACCUGGGAAUAUUGUCUAUGGCGGUCCUGUGACCGCUAGGGAAGCCCAGGACUACAGAUCUUUGGGUCAAUUCGUUUUGGAUAAGUAUAAAAGCUUUGGCGAACAGACGGUUAUGAUUGAUGCUGUUACUGGAACGGAAUAUACAGCCAGCUUUAUGCAUAGUCGCAUCGUUCGAUUGGCGUACAUUCUCCAGAAAUUGGGAGUGAAGCACAAUGAUGUCAUCGGCCUCUCCAGCGAAAACAGCGUCAAUUUUGCCUUGGCAAUGUUUGCCGGUUUCGCAGUCGGCGCUACUGUGGCGCCUCUGAAUGUUACCUACUCUGAGCGAGAAGUGGAUCAUGCUAUUAAUCUAUCGAAGCCAAAGAUAAUCUUAGCAUCAAAAAUAACCGUCGAUCGGAUUGCCAAAGUGGCCAGCAAGAACAAAUUUGUCAAGGGCAUCAUUGCUCUAAGCGGUACCUCCAAGAACUUUAACAACCUCUAUCAAUUUGACGAUAUGAUGGAUAAUGAGAAGUUUAAGACGAAGCCAGAUUUCUUAUCGCCUCUGGCCAAUAAGAACGACGAUGUGGCUCUUAUUGUGUGCUCAUCAGGUACCACGGGCAUGCCUAAAGGAGUGCAGUUAACGCAAAUGAAUCUAUUGGCCACUCUGGAUUCACAGAUUCAACCUACAAUGAUUCCGCUCUCUGAAGUCACUUUGCUAACAGUGAUUCCAUGGUUCCAUGCAUUUGGCUGCCUCACAUUGAUAACCACUGCCGUAAUGGGCACCCGGUUGGUCUAUUUACCCAAGUUUGAGGAGAAUUUGUUCCUCUCGGCCAUUGAGAAAUAUCGGGUAAUGAUGGCAUUUAUGGUUCCUCCAUUGAUGGUCUUCUUGGCCAAGCAUCCCAUUGUAGAUAAAUACGAUUUAUCAUCACUGAUGGUGCUCCUCUGCGGUGCUGCCCCACUUAGUCGGGAGACUGAGGAUCAGAUCAAGGAGCGCAUUGGAGUGCCUUUCAUUCGUCAGGGAUAUGGACUGAGCGAAUCGACGCUUAGUGUUUUGGUGCAAAACGAUGAGUUCUGUAAACCCGGCAGUGUGGGCGUCCUAAAGGUUGGCAUCUAUGCCAAAGUCAUUGAUCCUGACACUGGCAAACUUCUAGGAGCGAAUGAGCGGGGUGAACUGUGCUUCAAAGGCGAUGGUAUUAUGAAAGGCUACAUCGGUGAUGCCAAGUCCACACAAACGGCCAUUAAAGAUGGUUGGUUGCACACCGGAGACAUUGGUUACUAUGACAAUGAUUUCGAGUUCUUUAUUGUGGAUCGAAUCAAGGAGUUAAUCAAAUACAAGGGCUUCCAGGUACCGCCGGCGGAAAUCGAGGCCCUGUUACUGACGAAUGACAAGAUUAAGGAUGCUGCCGUCAUUGGCAAGCCGGACGAAGAGGCUGGGGAAUUGCCCUUAGCAUUUGUGGUCAAGCAGGCGGGUGUCCAGCUAACAGAAGAUGAAGUCAUCAAGUUUGUCAAUGAUCACGCAUCGCCAGCCAAACGUUUGAGAGGUGGUGUGAUCUUUGUAGAUGAAAUACCAAAGAAUCCUAGUGGUAAAAUCCUGCGUCGUGUGCUCCGCAAUAUGCUGAAAAAACCAAAGUCCAAAUUGUAAAACAUUCGGAGAAGGAAAGGAAGGAAAAGAUAUGGCUAUCAAUAUUUCCCUAAGAUAUAGAUAUUCCCCCUGGGCAAACAUGAAUUGUACAAAGAUAUUGCUAAACGUAUGCUUUAUUAUUAUUGCUAAACUUUGUUUUUAUCGUUUCCUUUUGUUUUUUUUUUUUAACUACCAACUGGUUGGGUUUCAUUUUACUUUAAUUUGGCUUUCAUUUGUAUUAAAAACCUAAAUAAAAACUAUUUAAAUACGUA